AUGCGGGAAAAUUACGAUGUAAUUCGGGAACAACCAUAUCCUUGUGAUAUCUGUGGUAAAUCAUUCUCUCGAAGCGAUAGCUUAACUAAGCACAAACGUAUUCAUACAGGGGAGAAACCAUAUCACUGUGAUAUCUGUGGUAAGUCAUUUUCUCAGGACAGUGGCUUAACUCAACACAAACGUAUUCAUACAGGAGAGAAACCAUAUUCCUGUGAUAUCUGUGGUACAUCAUUCUCUCAAAGCGGUGGCUUAACUACUCACAAAUGGGUUCAUACAGGAGAGAAACCAUAUCACUGUGAUAUCUGUGGUAAAUCAUUCUCUAAUGGCAGUAACUUAACUCAGCACAAAGGUAUUCAUACAGGGCAGAAACGGUAUCACUGUGAUAUCUGUGGUAAAUCAUUCUCUCGUUAUCAUAGCUUAGCUAUUCACAUACGUACUCAUACAGUGGACAAGCCAUAUCACUGUGAUAUCUGUGGUAAAUCAUUCUAUCAAAGUGGUAACUUGACUAACCACAAACGUGUUCAUACAGGAGAGAAACCAUAUCAUUGUGAUAUCUGUGGUAAAUCAUUCUAUCAAUGUGGUAACUUAACUAACCACAAACGUGUUCAUACAGGAGAGAAACCAUAUCAUUGUGAUAUCUGUGGUAAAUCAUUAUCUAGUGGCAGUAGCUUAACCAAUCACAUACGUAUCCAUACAGGAGAGAGUCCAUAUUCUUGUGAUAUCUGUGGUAAGUCAUUCUCUCAGGACAGUAGCUUAACUCAACAUAAACGUAUCCAUACAAAAGAGAAACCAUAUUCCUGUGAUAUCUGUGGAAGAUCAUUCUCUUAUAGCGGUAGCUUAACUACUCACAAAUGGAUUCAUACAUGAGAGAGUCCGUAUUCUUGUGAUAUCUGUGGUAAAUCAUUCUCUCAUAGCGGUAGGUUAACUACUCACAAAUGUGUUCAUACAGGUGAGAAACCAUAUACCUGUGAUAUCUGUGGUACAUCAUUCUCUGAAAGCAAUAG